CAAUGAAAAGCAGUCUCCCUUCUAAGUUUGAGACAAUGAGAGGGCAGAUUGAUCAUUGAAGCAAUGAAGGGCCAAGGCAAUGCGCACACACGAGAGAGGACCAACCCUCUGAUGCCAAUGGUGUGAGGAGCGAAGUAGAGCGGUCGGUAGCUGCAAAAUCCAGGUUGCGUGACUCUUGUCAGCCAGUAUGGACAAGGAACCUGAAUUGCCGGAAGCUGCAUCCGGCAAACUUGCCGAAGGUUCUCUACCCAAAGAAGGCAAUGAACCUGAGGUCAAAGCUGAUGCAAGCGGGGUUGCAGAAGAUCCAUCAUGGAAUGCAUUCAGCAAUGCGGAAGCAGGAGCAGAAGCAGAGGGUGGUGUUGAAACAAGAGCUCCGACUAUGGUCCUGGAGUCCAAAAUUGUGGAAGAAGAGGGCUCUUUUGAGCAGCCAAAGGGAGGAGAACCUACUGACUUUGGUCCCGAAGCAGCGAAAGUGGAAGAAUUGUCAGGGAAAGAGGACCUUGUAAAUGCUCCUCAGCUAGCAGUUGAUGUGGAGCAUUCAACACCAGACUCUGGAGUCAGUGCCUCCCCUGCCCCCAUACCCUCCCAUCAUGUCGCAGUUCCUCUGCUGAAUAAUGCGACUCCCGAGCUUCUCCGGUUGAUAGAUUCUGUGAUCCAGGGCUCGGAGAUGGGCGCAGCAAAUAGGUUGCACAAGCUACUGGCUGAGGAUGGAGGCCCUCCUUAUGCGGUGGCGAAUGAGGCUGUCGACAUUCUGCUUGCGAAGAUGGGGUGGGAAGACCGCUCGACCGCGUCUCAUGCAGACGGGGCAGUGCCGCAGGUGAUGAUGAGCGCUGGAGCUGCGCACGCCGCCGCAGAGCUCCUGCCAUGGCUGCCUUUCUCCACUGACGAGGCGACAUCUGGCGCCUCUCCCAGGCAAGUGCCUAUUGGUCUAACCAUGCUCGCAAUGGGCCUGGAGGACAUCCUCAAAGCGUGCACCCGCAACCGGGCCAUGUGCUCCGCGGCGGGGUUACUCAAACCCCUCAUCAACGCGGCGCACCUUAUUUUCACCGGAGGCGGCUGGGGGGGUGGCCCGGACCAUGGAAAGUGGCCCCCUGGGCCCUUGCUGAGUUGCAUUGAGCUUUUGGGGGGCCAUAGUCUGAGCGUGGGGGAUCUGCGGGAACUCCUGGGGGCGGUUCAGGGUGCGACGAAGUCGGGGGACGGCGCAAGCUUGCUGAUGUCACUGGAGAAAGCGCUUGAUGGGGAGGAGGGGAGGGGCCCUGCGCACACCUUUGAGUUUGACGGAGAGAGCUCGGGCCUCCUCGGCGCCGGCGAGAGCAAGUGGCCCUUUGCCAACGGCUACACCUUUGCCACGUGGCUCUAUGUGGAGAGCUUCCAGGAGCUUGCGACCACCGCAGCGGCAGCGGCGGCGGCAGCUGCGGCCGCUUCCGCUGCGACCCGCUCCGCCAACAAGGCCUCUCCAGCCGCAGCGGCGGCGGCGGCGAGCGCUGCGGCGGGGGACGGGACCGAGCACAUGCCGCGACUGUUCAGUUUCUUGACGACGGACAACUACGGGGUAGAGACGUACUUUCACGGUCAAUUUCUGGUGGUCGAGACGGUGGCUGGAAAAGGAAAGCGGGCGUCGUUCCACUUUCAGUACACGUUCCGGCCCCAGAAGUGGUACUUCAUCGCCAUCGAGCACGCCAGCGCCGGGGGAUCCCUCUUCUCCCGCACCGACAGCGAGGCACGCCUUUACGUGGACGGGCGGCUGAGCGAGAGCCACGCCCUGGAGCUACCACGUGUCGCCAAGCCACUGGCAUUCUGCUGUAUCGGGACCAACCCGCCCGCCGCAAUGGCCGGCCUGCAGCGGAAGCGACGGCAGUGCCCGCUGUUUGCGGAGAUGGGGCCGAUUUACAUUUUCAAGGAGCCCGUGGGGCCGGAGAAGAUGGCGCGGCUGGCCAGGAGGGGAGGUGACUACCUUCCGGCUUUCGGAUCCGGUGCCGGGGCCCCCUGGAAUGCAACCAACGAGCAGCUGCUGGCGUUUGCAGACGACGCAAUCUCAUUGGACGCAGACCUCAGCCAGAAGAUCCAUCUCCUUUAUCACCCACGACUGCUGGUUGGACGAUCUUGCCCGGACGCCUCUAUUCUCGGCACGUCUGGAGCAGCUCGGCGGCCAGCCGAGGUCUUGGGCCACGUGCACAUUGCGGGGCGUUCCAGACCCGCCGAUGCAAUCUGGGCCAUGGCGGAGGGCGGGCCUGCGGCCUUGCUGCCUCUGACGAUUGGCGCCAUCGACAAAGACACGCUCCAGCCCGCCGUCGGCGACCCCAAGACCGCAGCCUGCGCCGCCGCCGGUUGCGCGCCCCUCCUCCGCUCCAUCGAACGGUCCCUCCUUCGUCAUCCGGGAAACGUCGAGGAACUCGCCCGGGGGGACGCCCCGCGCUUGCUUGCGCACCUUCUGAGGUACAUCAUGUCGCUCCCGACCCCAAGCGCGGCUGCAAUCGAUCCCACUGAGGGGGGGCUGGUUGUGGGGCGGAGCGGGAGGGGGGACGAGGAGCUGGUGCUGUCCGUGAUUGGGCUUGCGACAGCGACCAAGGCCAACCCCACGCUCAAGGUCCAAAUGUACUCGUCUCUGCUCCUCGACCUCACGCUGUGGUCCAGCUGCUCGUACGACCUCCAGAAGCGCCUCCUCUCCAGCCUCGCCGACAUGGUCUUCACCGAGGCGGCCGCGCUGCGGGCGGCAAAUGCGGUGCAGUUGCUGCUCGACGGCUGCCGCAAGUGCUACUGGCUCGUGCCGGAGGCGGAGAGCGCAACAGGGCCUGUGCUGGGGAAAGCUCCAGGGAGCCCACGGCCCGUCGGCGAGCUCAACACCCUCAUCGACGAACUGCUGGUCGUUGUCGAGCUGUUAGUCGGAUCUGGUCAAGGAGCGGUUGCGGAGGCCGACGUCAAGACGCUCAUCCACUUCGUGGUGGACUGCCCGCAGCCUAACCAGGUCGCCCGCGUUCUCCACCUGUUGUACAACCUCAUCGUCCAGCCCAACUCCGACCGCGCCUCCGCCUUCGCUGAGAUGUUCCUCGACAACGGCGGGGCCGAGAUGCUCAUCCUCCUUCUGCGGAGAGAGGCGGAAUUGGGCGAAACUGGGCACUUCGAGGGGCCUGUCCCCGAGGCGAAGUCAGCCCCCCGUAACGAGAAUUCCAGGGGCCUGAAUGGGGAAACCGGCGGAGAAGGUGAUAGUGCAGACAAGACUGCACAGCGGAGCUUUUCGGACGGAGCCAUGUACGAUUCGGACAGUCACAAGGAGAGCCCGGGGGAAGCGGGCAGCCCCCAGAGAGCGAACGGACUGCAGAAGACGUUCUCCAGCCAGUCGCUGCACCGCUCGAUUGGAUCGUCCAGCUCGAUUGCAAAGUCCGCCGUGAUCACGUCCAUUCUCAAGCAGGGGAUCCUGUCCCCGACAGGCCGGCUCGUCCACGGAACCCUCCCUCCCUCCCUUAACCUGAACAGCAUAACCCUCUCAGUAACCGGCGGAACAGCCAACACAUUCCGGAACGUGGACCACGGCGAUGGGAUCGUGAUCGGUGUCGUGAAUGUCCUGGGGGGGCUCCUGCACGGUGGCCACUUGACUCUGAACCCCCCCGAAUCGGUGCACCCCCCGCCGUCGAGGCUAGACUUCAACUCCCCAGUGGGCGACAACUCAGGCGGCAAGGGCGACGGAAGGCAGGAGGUGGGGGUGUGGCUGGUCUACGCGCUCCAGAAAGCGCUCGAAGCGGCCCCCAGUAGGUUGAUCACCGACACCGUGUACAGCGCGCUCUUGCUCGCGGUGUUAAGGUACGAGGCGUCCAACAAGGUGCCCGGAAGUCACGGCGGCGAGGAGCGGUUGACACUAUACGGCGGGGGACACCGCUUUGAGAACCCUGAGCUGCUCGCGGCUUUGCUGAGAGAUCUACCGGUCGCUGCCCGGGGGAUGCAACUGAGGGCUCUGCAAGACAUGCUCCUGCUGUGCUGUACCCACGUCGAGAACCGGUUCUGCGUCACCGGGAGCCCCGACUGGCCGGAGUGGGUCCUGGAAAUGCUGCUAGCCAACGACGAGGUGACAGCUGUCACCCGGGCGCGGGGGGAACCGUUGCCAGAGGCGCUGGAGACCGUUAACGAGAUGUGCCUAAGCUUCCUGUCGCUGAUGCUGGAGCACUCGCUGCGGAUAAAGGACGGGUGGCGGGACCUUGAAGCGGUUCUCCACUGUUUGGAGUGGGUCGCGGCGCAGCCGCCGAAGCUGGAAUGCACGGGAGUUCUCGCGGUUUUAACACCAAGCGAAAGCGUCCGGAGGGAGAAGCGGGAAGCGGCGGUGCCGGGGAUCAAGCGCCAGCUGUUCUCGAACCUGCUCGACUUCUGUGCGGAGGAGUUGAACGACCAGACGGGCGUUGUGGCGGCGGCAGCUGCGGGCGUGGCGGCGGGGAACAUGUCGCCGAAAAACGCAAAAGCGGAGGCGGACGCAGCAGCGCAGCUGUCGAUCUGCCUCGCGGAAAACGCGCUCGUGGUGUUGAUGUUUUUGGAGGACUUUCUGCGGAGUCAGAACGUGAAGAUGACGGCGCUCUUGACGGCAGCGAAAAAGGAGAUGCAGUCGGAGGGUGGAGGGGAGAACGAGUCGGUGGGGAGUGCGGAGGAGGAGGGGUUACCACUUGAUGUGCUGGCCGAAAUGGCCGACGCCCAAGGCCACCUCUCCGCCGCAGCCAUGGAGCGCAUCUCCGCGUCCGCCGCCGCAGAACCGUACGAGUCCGUCCGGGCCGCAUUCGCGGCGUACGGCAGUGUCGGGCAGGAGUACGGUGAGGGUUGGCGGCGGCGCAGCCGUUUAUGGUACGGAGUUGGGCUGCCCAAGAAGGGCAAAGUUGUUGGAGGGGGGGCGGGGUGGGACGCUUGGCGGCGGGGGGUAGAGUUGAACCCAGACGGAGAGUGGGUUGAUCUCCCGCUGAUCCGAAAGUCGGUGCGGAUGCUCCAGGCGUUGCUCUUGGACGACCAGCUCGGCGGGGGCGCCGCGCUAGGGGGGGAGAAGUUGGGCGGAAUUGGGGGGGGAAUCGGGGGCGGCGUUGGGGGGGGGAUCUUGCAGAUCAUGGACAGCGAUCAAAUCUUCUUCUCGAUGCUUCGAACCGUCUUAGCGGCCCUCAGAGAGGAAGACUACGGCUCGACUCCGGGGUCUCCAGAGCGGGCCGUUUCUCCAAACCGGGGGGUGAAAAGGCAGGCGGAGGAGGGGGAGGGGGACGAACCGCUUCCCCCCAGUCCGAAAGCGUACAGAGUGGACGCAAAGGCGAGCGAAAACGCUGCCCUCGUGGCGCGGCGACAGCUGUCGUCGCUCUUGUGGGGGAUCCUACACCCGCUGCUGACCAUGUCGUUGUCAGAGUCGCGGAGGCAGCGGGUGCUCGUGGCCGUCUGUAUAUUAUACACCGAGGUAUGGCACGCCAAUGGCUCCGACGGCAAGCCCCUCCGGCGCCACUUCCUGGAGGCCAUCAUGCCCCCCUUCACGGCGCUGCUCCGCCGUUGGCGCCCCCUCCUCAGCGGAAUCCACGGCCUCACCGACUGGGACAGCCGCAGCCCCCUCUCUUUCGAGGACCGCGCUCUCGCCAACGACGCCAUGCCGCUCGAAGCUGCCGUCGCGCUUUUGGCCCCCACGUGGGCUGCCACGUUCGCGUCCCCCCCUGCGUCAAUGUCGCUUGCAGUUGCUGCGGCGGGGGCGUCGGAGCCGAAGAGCGCAGUGUCGAGGUCACGGUCGUCGUUUGCGGGGGGGGGUGCGUAUGAGGGCUCGCCAGGGGGCGAGCCGCAGCUGAGCCGGGCGGGGGGGGUUUCGACCAAGUCCGUCGGGGGGGGUGAUUCGGCAGGGAGGGAGAGGGCAGCAGCGAGGGCGGCAGCGGCGGCAGCGGCAAGGGAGAAGGAAAGAGCAGCCAAGUUUGUUGACCUGCGAACGGAUGUGGGUGCCGGAAGGGGGCUGGGCGCAGUGGCCCUCGCCACGGCGGGGGUACGGCGGUCGCAGGCGGACGAACUGCGAAAUGCGCGCGCCUCGGUGCUGGAUUCCAUGCGGAACGCCUGGAGUUCCGAAGCCAGCGCACCCAGCUGGGCGACGGUGGCGGGGUCUCUGGUGGCGUUGAUCGACGGCGCCAGGAAGAUCAAGUACACGGAGGUUAAUCGGCGAGCCCUCUCCGCUGCCCUAACCGAGGCCUCCUCGGCGACCGGCACACGCAGCUGGCGCUCGCUCAUUCGCCGGCUCCUCGAAAUCGACUCCCUCUUUGGCGCCCCCGCGCGCCAACCCCAGCCGUCCAAGGUCUACUGGAAGCUCGACCCGACAGAAAACUCCUCCCGUCAGCGCAAGCGUCUCGUCCGCAAUUACAAGGGGUCGGAUCACCGGGGCGCGGCCGCCGACUACCAAGACCCGCAGAGCCUCGCGGCAGUCGCAGCUGCCGCAGCGUUAGCGGCGAAAAAAGCGGAGAAGGAGGAGAUCGUGAAGGAGCUCGACACCCCCCUCGCGCUGGAAGCGGCGAAACUGGCCCCCCUGGAAGGGUUUGAGGACACGCGGACGGAGGAAGAGCGGCUUGAGGGGGGGGACGAGGGGCGGGAACGAGCGGAUACAACCUUUGGGGGGGCCGACACGGCAUCAAUUACGAGCGACGGGCCCCAUCCUAUGCCGUCUGGUGCCGCGAUAGGGUAUGGUCCGGCGGGAGCGGCGGCGCCGGCGGUGGGAACAGGGCCUGCCCCGCAGGUGGGGGCGCUAGAGGGGCCGAUGGGGAUGGCAGCCGCUGCGCCGUCGUCAAACGAGAAGGUCUUGCUCGAGACGGGCGUCGCCUUAGUCCAGCCCCUGCGCGUCCUGCGCGGCCGCUUCCAAAUCACCACCCGCCGAAUCUGCUUCCUGGUCGACGAUCACGUGGCAGUCGAGGGCAGCGAGGACGCGCCACCUGGCACGUCUGGGACCGUUGAUGACCAGGAGUGGGAGGUGGUGGAUACGAACAUGGGGGCCCCUCGGGGGGAACAUAUGCACGACCGAGCAUGGUCGCUGGCUUCGCUGGUGGAGGUGCACAGCCGAAGGUACCUGCUCCGGAAGUCCGCCCUCGAGCUCUUCAUGGUCGACCGCUCCAACUUCUUCUUCAACUUCGGCAACACCGAGGAGCGCCGCCGCGUCUACAAAGCCCUCCUUGCAGCGCGCCCCGCCCACCUCGGUAACAUAUUCUCCCUCACGCAACGCCCCGACCGUCUCCUGCGCCGCUCGGGGCUCAUGGAAAAGUGGGCCCGGCGUGAGAUCUCCAAUUUCGACUACCUGAUGCACCUCAACACGCUCGCGGGCCGGUCGUUCAACGACUUGACACAAUACCCGGUGUUCCCCUGGGUGCUGGCGGACUAUACUUCGAAAGUGUUAGACCUGGACGACCCGAAAGUGUACCGGGACCUGUCGAAGCCGGUCGGGGCGCUGAACCCGGCGCGGCUUGAGCGGUACUUGGAGCGGUACAAGUACUUUGACGAUCCCGUGAUUCCGAAGUUCCACUACGGGUCGCACUACUCGAGCGCAGGCACGGUGCUUUUCUACCUGGUGCGGGUGGAGCCGAUGUCCACCCUCGCCAUCCAACUCCAGGGCGGCCGCUUCGACCACGCGGACCGCAUGUUCUCCUCUAUCCCCGAGACCUGGCAUUGCGUCACUGAGGACAUGAGUGACGUCAAGGAACUAGUACCGGAGCUUUUCUACCUCCCGGAGUGCCUCACGAACGACAACGACCUGGACCUGGGGCGUACGCAAAAGGGGGAGAGGUUGAGCGGGGUAAAGCUGCCCCCCUGGGCGGAGAACCCCGUGGAUUUUGUGCAUAAGCACCGGCAGGCGCUCGAGAGCGAGCACGUGUCGCAGCACCUGCACGAGUGGAUCGACCUCAUCUUUGGGUACAAGCAGCGGGGCAAGGAGAGCGUUGCCGCGCACAACGUGUUCUUCUACAUGACGUACGAGGGCGCGGUGGACAUCGACAACAUUGCGGACCCGAAGCAGCGGAAGGCGACGCAGGACCAGAUCGCGUACUUCGGGCAGACGCCCAGUCAGCUGCUGACGGUGCCGCACAUCAAACGGAAGCCCGCAGAGGAGCUGCUGCACCUACAGACCGUCUUCACAAAUUCGGCCAAGAUCGAAGCCCACCCCUUCGCCGCCCCCGCCCCAGUCCUCAACAUCCCCGCUUCCCUCCUCCGCGUCACCCCCGCCGGGCUCGUGAUCGUCGAUCAACGGCCGCCCGCCUGCCACGUGGCACUCCACCGCGCCCAGUUCAACGCCCCCGAUGGCAAGGGCUACCCGUUCACGCUCUCCCCCGCGCGGUCCAUCGCGACCGCGAGCAAUAACGCGCUUAUGCGGAUGAUUCGCAAGACGCCCGGACUGGAAGAUAUCGGACCGCUCUACCCGAGAGCGGUGGCGUUGCCUGCGCACGGGUUGAAGCACCGGCAGGUUGCGGCGAUCAGUCCCAACGGGAGCGUUCUGAUAACCGGGGGACACGCGGACAACAGCGUCAAAGUAGUGUCAAUCGAGUCAGCCCGGGUGCUGGAGUCGGCGCAAGUACACUGUGCGCCCGUCACGGCCCUCGCGCUGUCCCCCGACGGGAGCACUCUUAUCACGGGCUCCCGAGACGCCACGGCGAUGGUCUGGCGGGUCCAGGGCGCAUCUGCCUCGCUUCAGGGGAGUACUUCCUCAGCCGGAAGCGACCCCUCGCUGGUCGCCACGGCAGCCGCGCAGGGCUCGGCCGCGGCGCUCCCUCAGCCGUCCGUUUCGAACUCAACCGACGGCUCAGCGCCGGGGAUCAUCUCGCGGGGCAGCGUGUACGACGGGGGGGUGCCGGCGGCCAGCGAUUCGGGGAGGGGGAAGAAGCGGCUGGAGGGGCCGUUGCACGUGUUGAGGGGCCACGUGGACGAGAUCGUGUGCUGCGCAGUAAAUGCGGAUCUGGACCUGGUGGUCACGUGCUCGAAGAUAAGGGGCUGUUUGUUGCAUACGAUCAUGAGGGGGCGGUUCAUAAGGGCGCUGCCGGUCGAGCGGGGGGAUGCGGUGGCGAUAUCGCCAGACGGGACUGUGAUUAUCUGGGAUCGCGCCAAGCGCGUCCUCCGCACCUUCACCGUCAACGGGCUGCCCAUCCAGACCUCCGCGCUCGACCCCGAGGAUGGCGACAUCGGCGCGCUGGCCGUCUCAUCCGACGGCCAGUAUCUCAUCCUGGGCACCGACACGUCCAAAGUUUCUGCGAGCCUUUCCCGCCGUCCAAGCGUUGCCGAAUCGACGGACGGGAGCGGUCGUCGUGAGUCGGAGAUUGAGGAAGAACUGGCGGAAACGCCGGAGGGUUCAGGAACUAGGGGCGGGGAGCAAGGAGUGAAGUGGGAGCGGGGGACUGGGGUCGGGGGAUUAGAGGACGGGCCGCCGCCGGGGAUUCUGUUGCUCGAGUUGCACACACUCCGGGUAAUUUACCGAUUCCCACUGCCUCGGGGCGCUGACGUCACCGCCUUGGCCCUGACGGACGACAACACGAACCUGGUCGUAUCGACGGCGGACAGCCAGCUCAUCGUUUACUGUGAUCCAGCCCUGAGCCUGCGAUGGCUCGACUUCAUGAUAAAGCGCGGGUGGGCGGAGCUUGGGGGCAUAAAGUCGUUGAUUCCGUGGGGAGACUGACCAUAGUUAACCUGCUUGAUCACUCUAUUUACCAUGCCAUUGGUUGUUACAAAGUCACAUGUUCUUCACUUUCUGUGCUUGCGGGGUCGAGUCAAGAAGGUUCUGGUGUUGGUUGAAGGUAAACAGGGGGAUGUUAAGACUGUUUCGAUUUCGGAAGUCGCCAGCUUCAAGCCAAUGCAGUGCAAAGGAACUUUCUGAUGUAAUACCGCCUUUCGUGGUGACUUUGUCAAGAUGGCUCUGUGGACUUUGAAUUGGUCCUUCGUAACUGUCUGGUGCGCAUUUCUAUGUUUCUUUCGUAGUCUGUUAAUCCAGAUCAAAGGGAUGAUGUUAUUGUACUCUGGUCCACUAUCUGCUGUCAGGUCAUGGUGGC